AUGUCCCAGGCCCACCCCAUUAAAAUCAGAGAGGAGGCAUGCACGCCCGCCGCACGGAGUCAUCACCAACCUCCUCCACUCCUCUCGCUCCCCACGCCCACGCGAUGCCGCCUAGAUCAGAGGAAUUGGAGGCCGUCGCUCCGCCAUGUUCCGUUCAGGAGCCGAAACAACAAGCACCAAUGGCCGCUCCACAGCCGGCGGCCAACACAAGUGGGUUACACAUCUAGCGAGCCGUCGACUCUAUCUUUCCCACCGUGCCGCGUCAAGAACACCUCUGUAGUGGCUCUCGGUUUGGUCACGCCUGCGCCAUUGGGUUUCUCUCUCAGUGUCGCACUACCCGCAGGGAAGCUCAAGGCCAUCGCCACCGACGUCGGCCGCCCCGGUGCAGGAGGAAACAUGCACGUGCUCGGGCCUCGGGGAAAUUGGCAGCGUCGUCCACGCCCAGGUCUUCGACAGAUCCAGCUACCGACAGGGAUCAAUCGUCCAAUCAUCAAGAGGUUUGGUGCUCAACUCUUGAAGAAGGCCUAGACCAAUCCAUCCAAGGCACAGAUACCAUCCCGUUUCUUCUUGCAUGCCUUCUAAAGCAAUUUCUUGAUGAUGGAUUCUAAAUUGCUCUGGUGGUUUUCAGAACGGCGUAGCUGUUCCUCCAGCAGCGCAGGCAGCCCUGCAGCCAGUAAACAAGAAGGUCCCUGUCAAGGCCGCCGCCUCUUGCUGUUACUCGCAGGGGAUGGUGAGAAAGAUAGAAUCGACGGCUAGGCGGAUGUGUAACCCACCUGUGUUACUCUCUGGCCACUCCUGGAGCGUAGGUCGCCAUAGCCAUCCGUGGCUUUGACGCUCGGCUGCUGCCCCACGGACGUAUUCGCCACACCCCUCAGCCGACGCUACUGCCCUCCACUAUGUGGCUAUCCUUCA